UUUCUUGUGAACUCCGCUAAACGUCCUUCUUUUCCACCGUCAUGUGUUGGUGCCGCACAUGAGUUUCUGGCUUUGGUUGAUGGCCAGUGUUCUUACUGUCGAAUAAGGGAAACUAAUCGGACAUAUUGUAUUUUAUACCUUCACUCAAACAUGUUGAAAUCUAAAACAUUCGUUAAGAAAACCCGGUCAGGGGGGGUGAUGAAAAUAGUGCGUGAACACUAUUUAAGAGACGAUAUCUGGUGCGGAAGCGAGAUCUGCACAGAGUGCAAACAAGAGUCCACGGUGCUGCAGAAGGACUCCUGCAUUGAGAGCGACCUGUGUUCCUCUCCACAUUAUCUAGUCCCUGACACCAAUGUGGUGCUGCAUCAGAUCGAUGUGUUGGAAGAUCCUCUGAUUCGUAAUGUCAUUAUCCUACAAACAGUACUACAGGAGGUGCGCCACCGCAGCGCACCGGUCUACAAACGCCUUAAGGAUAUUAUCCAUGAAAAAGAAAAACACUUCUAUACAUUUACCAACGAGCACCACAGAGACACAUUCAUCGAGCGAGAGCCAGGGGAGAGCGCCAACGAUCGCAAUGACCGUGCCAUCCGGGUGGCCGUCAAAUGGUACAGUCACCACCUGGACACUGCAGAGUCAGACGGCCUGAAGGUGGUUCUCAUUACAAACGACCAGGGCAACAAGGAGAAGGCAGAGGAGAGUGGCCUGCUGGUGUACAAAUGCGAGGAUUACAUCAAGAGUCUGCUAGCCAACCCGGAGCUGGUGGAUCGCCUGGCUCUGACCAAUGACGAGACGAAAGACAUCAGUAGCAGCAAGGUGCUGUUCUCUGAGCACCUCCCUCUGUCCAGGAUCCAGAUGGGCAUAAAGGGUGGUACCUUCCUCCAGGGCACCUUCAGGGCCAGCAGGGACAACUACCUAGAGGCCACGGUGUUCGUCCAGGGAGAAGGAGAGGAGACAACUGAGGUUAUUCUGCAGGGCCUCCAUAACCUGAACAGGGCCAUUCAUCAGGAUGUGGUCGCCGUCCAGCUGUUGCCACGGGAAGAAUGGGUGGCGCCCUCCUCAGUGGUCUUGCUUGACGAGAGGGAAGCGAAGGACGAAGACGACACAGAGGAAGAGGAGAAAGAGAAGGCUAUGAAGAUCAUAGCGGACGAUGCCGCCCGGAAGCCUACAGGGAAAGUUGUGGCAAUCAUCAAAAGAAACUGGAGGCCGUUUUGUGGCAUGCUCAAUAGCUCCCUUAUCAAAGAGUCAACCCGACACCUGUUCACACCAGCUGACCGCCGCGUUCCUCGUAUCCGCAUUGAGACGCGCCAGGCCGCCGCCCUGCUCAGCCAGAGGAUCAUGGUUGCUAUCGACGGCUGGCCCAGGCACUCCAGAUACCCACAUGGUCACUUUGUACGCAGUCUGGGCGCCGCGGGCGACAAGGAGACGGAGACAGAAGUGCUGCUGCUAGAGCAUGACGUGCCUCAUCAGGACUUCUCCCAGGCCGUGCUUAGCUUCCUGCCAAAGAUGCCGUGGUCCAUUACACCAGAGGACAUGGCCGUGAGAGAGGAUUUGAGGGCUCUGACUGUAUGCAGUGUUGAUCCUCCUGGAUGCACUGAUAUAGACGAUGCACUCCACUGCAAAACGCUUGAGAAUGGAAACUUUGAGGUGGGUGUUCACAUUGCAGAUGUCAGUCACUUCAUCAGACCAGGGAAUGCUCUAGACCUGGAGGCGGCAAACCGUGGGACCACGGUCUACCUGUGUGGCAGGAGGAUAGACAUGGUCCCAGAACUGCUCAGCUCCAACCUCUGUUCACUACGCUCCAAUGUAGAGAGGCUUGCUUUCUCCUCUAUAUGGGAGAUGGACGACAAGGCAAACAUCGUAAAGACCAGAUUCACAAAAAGUGUCAUUAACUCAAAGGCGUCUCUGACCUACGCCGAGGCCCAGCUGAGGAUCGAUGACACCAACAUGAAUGAUGACAUCACCAACAGCCUGCGAGGGCUCAACAAGCUCGCCAAGAUCCUCAAGAGGCGGAGGAUCGAGAAGGGUGCGUUGACACUAUCUUCGCUCGAGGUGCGUUUCCACAUAGACAGUGAAACCCACGACCCCAUUGACCUCCAGACCAAAGAGUUGAUGGAGACCAACUCCAUGGUGGAGGAGUUCAUGUUGCUCGCCAACAUCUCCGUGGCCCAGAAGAUCUACGACGAGUUCUCGGAGUGUGCCCUGCUCAGGAAGCACCCGGCCCCGCCUCCCUCCAACUAUGACAUCCUCAACAAAGCGGCCCAGUCCAAGGGUCUGGCCAUCCACACAGACUCGGCCAAGGCCCUGGCAGACUCUCUAGACAUGGCCAAGGUGGACGGCUUCCCCUACUUCAACACUCUGCUGCGCAUCCUGGCCACGCGGUGCAUGAUGCAGGCCGUGUACUUCUGCUCCGGCAUGGACAGCAACUUCCACCACUACGGCCUGGCCUCGCCCAUCUACACGCACUUCACGUCGCCCAUCAGGAGAUACUCUGACAUCAUGGUGCAUCGCCUGCUGGCCGUGUCCAUCGGGGCAGACUGCACCUACCCUGACCUGACGGACAAACACAAGCAGUCGGCCCUCUGCAACAACCUCAACUACAGACACAAGAUGUCUCAGUAUGCACAAAGGGCGUCCGUGGCCUUCCACACGCAGUUGUUCUUCAAGAGCAGAGGGAUCGUCAAUGAGGAGGGCUUCAUCCUGUUUGUCAGAAAGAACGCCAUCAUAGUGCUGAUCCCAAAGUUUGGUCUGGAGGGAACGGUCUUCUUUGACAACAAGGACAAGACCGGCCCCAAACUGGUCUUUGAUGAAGAGGGACCGUCUUUGAUGGUGGAGCAGCACACCUUUAAAAUAUUCGACAAGGUGAAGGUGACCAUCAGUCUGGAUGACUCAAAUGUUCAGCACCAGAAGAUCCGUAUGUCUCUUGUGGAACCGGAGAUUCCAGGUGUUAGUGUUCCAGUCCCAGAGGUGGGACCAAUGGCCAAGAAGCCCAAACUUGACGUCUGAAUGGCUCACCAAGCAUCAAUAAGCCCCAAUGUAACUAGGAGCCAAUUCCAUUGUUAUUAAAUGGCCAUUUUCAGUAUUGUUUGUUUUGUUAAUCGCUGAGUGUGCUUCCUUUACAGGGCAAGUUGUCUUUAAAGGAAAGGACCCGAGUCCUUGAGGGGUGGUUUUAGCUGAAAGACCGUUUUAUUUUUUUAGACCUUCUUGCUCAGAAAUCAUUACUUUUGUAAUAUUUGGUUUAAUCAGUUAUGAAAACAGAAACGUUUAUCAAUAAAGAUGCUUUUAUUUUCAUCAACAUUUGGUUGUUUCACAAGCCAAACCAUAAUAUAGCUUAUACCCAGCCAGCACAAUGGAUAUCGGUCACUACAGUAUCUACCUAAAGUAAUAAAUACAUUCAUGUGUUUUUUUUCUACUUUACUGGACGAACAUGCAACUGUAUCCAGAUUAAGUCCUCACAUGUUUAUUGAAUCGGGUAAAAAGGAGUCCUCCGUUUUGUCACAAAUCAACCAUAACAAUUGUUUGCUAAGAAAUAAAGACAUUUAUACUUGUU